AUGCCGUCCAUGAGCGAGACAGCGCCUCCCAUGCCUGCGACUCCAUCAGAGGCGGAAGGACCAACAGUAGACCACCAUCAACAUGAGGUGGAAGAGAAGGAAGCUUAUGACUACUGGGGCUAUCUGUUCAAGCAAGACAAGACCGGCACUGAUAAGCUCAAAUCCCUCUUACGCGGACUGAAAGAGUGUAUGAACACGCAAUACAACACCGACCACGUGCACGGUGACAAGACGAUCGACAACCAGCCCGACCUGACACCAGAGCAACUGGCGCAUUUCUACCGCGAGUUGAAUGGAAACUACGAUCAGCUAUUUCUUGGCACUCCGAGCGAGAGCAUAGCCUUCAUCUACAAGAGUUUAGGAUGUCUCCAUAGUCUUCAACCUCAGUCCUGGGCGCAGAGUACGGCGUUCACGGACCCUACUGUUCCUUCAUUGAAGACUGAAGGGUGGAUUAUGUGGCAGACUAUCCAACUCCUUCUCGGCCCGGACGAGCAUAGUCAAUUCAUUAUUGAGGCGGUGCAGAAAUGGGAUCUUAAGGAUCCUGUCACCGGCGAGAUGUUUCCGAAGGUCCUACCGAGGAGGUGCUUUCCGACGGAGCCGGAUCGGCAUAUGGUCAUGUGGUACGAGGGUGUUUCGGAGCGGUUGAGGAAGGAAGCUGAGGAUGAGGAGAGGUCGAAGGAGGUGGAGACGGAGCGGACGGAUGUAAGGCGACUGAGGCACAGACCUAAUGUGCCCGUCUCAGCUGCUGCGAAUGCGGCGGCGGAUGAGCUGGCGACGCAACAGCAUUUGACUGAUGAUGAAGGCUCGGUUGACAGUCGUGGACCUGCCUUGGCUUACUUCCGGAACCCGCUGUACAGGCAUGUCGAUGGUCGACCAAGUAUCAUUCGACGGAGCAGUAAGAGGCCUACUCUCAGCCCGAGGCCAACAAUGGUGGACAAGGGCAAAGAAGCUGCAGCGACGAUGGGCCAUGUCAUCCGAAACAUCGGCUCGCCGAAUCUAUGGGAUGGGCCUCGCGGGACUAGUCGUCACUCUAGUAGAGAUCGACGACGGCGUAGUACGCCCGAUCAUCGACACCCGAUGCACUAUCCUGGUGAUCCUACAUCGCAGCAGAUCGGCGGUGCAGGUGCAUAUGAUGGUGCAGCGGGAGGUCCGGCUGGGCUGAGUCCACAUGAUCAACGAUAUCGACGAAGACGGAGCUCGCAGCAGCCGGAACAGCCGGUUGAUUCUGGCGACGAGGCAUUUGAUGGAGAUGAGAGUAGUGCAUACUACUCACCUCGACCUACACCACCGUUACAUCCUCACGGCCAUGGCGGCCAUCAUCAGCAUGGCUCGCAACAGCACAGACGUGCACCCAGCGACGCGCAUCGACCUGGCUCGAGGGACUCGGCAGCCGCUGGACUUAGACAUUCGAGGAGCCAUGAGCCGACGCCAACCCAGAAGGAAACAGGCGACUACUUCGAAGGCUAUGACGAUCCAAACAGGCGCCGCAAUAGUGCUUACGACUCCGCGCCUAGUGAAACCCCGCCAGCAAAGGGAAGUAAUGCAGGUGGUGGCUUCGGACCCAGCGCCUCACCGCUCUUUGCGACCCACGUUGCGAGGCAACCACAACCACAGCCUGGGCCUCUCGGUGGCUAUCCUCCUCAUCAGCCAGCCGGCCGUCCACAUCCCCGCAACGACGAGCAGAACUACACGGCCAGAAUCCUGCUGACUCGGAUCGUCGACCCAUGGAUCGGAGGUACGAGAGCCCCAGACGUGCGAGAUUCGACGAUGGACCUCCUGGUGGAGGUGGUCCUGCUGGACACGGACGUGGCGAGCGACACGAAGAAGAUGGUGCUCCACCUGGACACGGCGGAAGGCGUCAACCACCUGGUAGAGAAAGAGGAAGAGAAAGUGGAGACGACAGAUCUUACCCACCUCCCUCCUCUUCAGACGCAGGGAGGCAAAGUCGACCGAAAAUGA